AUGAUAAUUUUUCUUCCUCUUUGUUCUCAUCUCGCCCUUUUCCGCCCUAUUCUUGACUUCGAAGAUGAGUCUUUGAGGCUGCGACAGCUGAAACUGGACAAUCAGAGAGCGCUGCUGGAGAAAAGGCAGAGAAAGAAGCGCCUCGACCCACUCAUGGUUCAGCCCAACCCUGACGCCGGGUUUCGUCGGCCAAAGCUAAGGCGUGGGGAGGAGCAGACCCCUUUGGUGGAGUCGGGGCCGCACAGGGAGGCCAUCCUGCCUGGCAUCGAUGGCCCGGCCGCCUUCAUGAAACCCGAUGUUCAGGAUUUGGAAAUGGAACUUCCGGUCCUCGCUGUUGACUCUCCUGCGGCUGAAGUGGACACUGAGGGACACGCGGGUCAGACAAACACUGUGGACGCUGUCCCCAAGCAGGACCUGCAGGAGGUCCUUCAAAAACACGGUAUUUCAGGCAGUCUGAACUUUGACGAGGAGGGGACUGACUCUGCGGAAGAAGAAGGAAAACGGUUCAGAUCUCACCCACCCAGUUUGGAGGCUGAGACGCUCUCAUCUGGGCCCAGCCGGCUGUCCAUCACAGACUUGGGCGCUUCCCAUUCCGUAGCCCGGCAAAUAGCAGCAGAGAAGCUCUUGGGCGAUCUGGAGAAUUUAGAGGACUUUGCCUACCGCCCCGCCCCUCGGGGCAUCACCAUGACCUGUCGGAUAACCCGAGACAAAAAAGGAAUGGAUCGGGGUCUCUUCCCCACUUACUUUAUGCACCUGGAAAAGAGUAAGAAUGAGAAGGUAUUUGUUCUAGCAGCUAGAAAGCGUAAGAAGAGUAAGACAUCCAACUACCUUAUUUCCACCGAUCCCAUUGACCUAUCCCGUGAAGGGUUAAGUUACAUUGGCAAACUCAGAUCCAACCUCAUGGGGACCAAGUUCACCAUUUACGACCACGGCGUCAACCCCAACAAGUCCAGCGGCCGGGUAGAAAAGUGCUACAUGAGGCAGGAGCUGGCGGCCAUCAGUUACGAAACCAAUGUGCUUGGAUUUAAAGGUCCUAGAAAAAUGUCUGUGAUCAUUCCAGGACUGACGAUGAAUCAUGAGCGAAUCCCAGUUCAGCCACGAAAUGACCACGAGAGCCUGCUGUCCAAGUGGCGGAAUAAGGCCAUGGACAACCUGAUCGAGCUGCACAACAAGGCCCCGGUGUGGAACAACGACACACAGUCCUACGUGCUCAAUUUCCGCGGCCGGGUGACGCAGGCAUCCGUGAAGAACUUCCAGAUCGUCCAUGAAAAUGAGCCUUCCUACAUCGUCAUGCAGUUCGGGCGCGUGGCGGAAGAUGAGUUCACCCUGGACUACAACUACCCACUCUGUGCUCUCCAGGCCUUUGCCAUCGGCCUGUCCAGCUUCGACAGCAAGCUGGCCUGCGAAUGA